AUGUUAGAACUCAUAAGAGUAUACAGGGAUUUAACGAAAGCAAAAUUAGCUGCUCUUGUAAUAUUGACAACAAUGUGCGGAUACGCUAUGGCUCCUAUGGCCACUGACCUUAAAUGCCUUUUUGCAACUACUGCUGGAACUGGAUUAUGUGUUGCAUCUGCAAACGCUAUCAAUCAAUUAUUGGAAAUCCCGUACGAUGCACAAAUGUUACGCACGCGAAAUAGAGUUCUCGUUCGUAAUGCAAUAUCACCAAUUCAUGCCUUUUCAUUUGGUACUUUGACUGGAAUGGCUGGUGUAGGAAUCUUGUCAUCUAUGGUUAAUCCUUUAACUGCUAUUUUAGGUGCUUCUAACAUCUUGUUAUAUACCUGCAUUUAUACUCCUAUGAAACGAAAAACAAUUGCAAACACAUGGAUUGGUGCAAUUGUUGGUGCAAUACCUCCAAUGAUGGGCUGGGCUGCAUGUACAAAUAAUUUGGAGUUAGGUGCUUGGAUAUUAGGUGGUAUUCUUUAUGCUUGGCAAUUUCCUCAUUUUAAUGCUCUUGCUUGGAAUAUGCGAUCUGAUUAUUCGAGAGCAGGGUAUCGUAUGAUGGUUGUGACCAAUCCAUUAUUAAAUAGUAGAGUAUCAUUAAGAUAUACUUUAGCAUUAUUCCCCUUAAGCUAUAUAGCUCCAUAUAUUGGUAUGACAACUUGGUGGUUUGCGUUAGAUUCAAGUCUAAUUAAUUGUGUACUUUUAUUGAGUGCCUACAGAUUUUGGAAAGAUUCAAAUGAUAAAUCUGCACGUGAUUUGUUUUUUGCAAGUCUUGUACAUUUACCAGUAAUUCUUGCUUUAAUGAUGGCUCAUAAAAAAGAUCAAGGAACUACGAUGAACAAUGAUCUUUUAGAAUUGGAUGAAAAAGAAUUGGAAGAGGUUUUGCUGGAAUUAGAAUCAUAA